CGUCCGUACCCUCCAAGGGAAGUGACGUCGUAUACCGUGGCGUCAUCAAUAAUAACAUCAUUCCAAGAUGGCGGAAGAAAGCGGCGGAGAAAGUUGGUGGGGAGCUUGGGGAACUGAAUUCUUGUCCAAUGUUAAAGCAAAAUCUGCAGAAACACUGUCACUAGUAAAGCAAGAUUUGUCUGAAUUUGUCACCACUAUACAACAUGACACAACAGUUACUGUAGCUGAAACUGCUUCCAAUGUUAAAGAAAAACUUAAGGUUGAAGAAGACGAAACAGAUGGUUCAACAACUGCUGUCAUUCGACAAGGUGUUUCCCAAUGGCUUGGUUCCUUGUCUACAGCUUUAAGAGAAAAUGUCUCUCAAAUGACGGCAAUAGUUGAUGAAGAGCCAACAAGCAGUGAACCUGCUCCAGUUUUUGAUAGAAUUCAGGCUCGUGUACAUGAGAUUCAGACAGACCCAUCAACAUACUGUAAUGAUCCAGAUGGUCAUCCAGCUCAUUUUGAGGAAUGGCGUGAGAAGUUUGAUCUUGAGCAACACAAGGCAGAGAUAUCAGAGCUUCUUGUUAACAGGCCAGAGAUUAGAUCUUUAUACACAAAACUUGUUCCUUCUGCUGUGACCAACUAUCUCUUUUGGGCCCGCUACUUUUACAAAAUUCACCAAUUUGAACAAGAGGAAAAACGAAAAGCAGCACUUGUAGAAAGAGCUAAUAAGAUAGAAGAAGAAGAACUUGGAUGGGGUGAUGAAGAUGAUUCUUGGGAUGUUGAAGAAUCUUCCUCCAAAGACCCAACAAAAUCUUCAGGAAUGGAUAAACUUGUCCUUCUAGAGAAUGAGACAACAGUUCCUGAUAACAAACAGGAUGGAGAAAGUCAAAAGAAUAGAAAUGAUUUAAAGAAUGAAAAUAAUCCAAAAAAACUACCCCCUGCUGAUGAAACCAAAGCUGUUUGUGAGGAGCAAGUGAAGCCCUUAGAGACAGAUGACCAAUAUGAGUCCUCUGGUGAGAAAAAAAUGGGUAAUGAAAAUGCCACUGAAGAUCCCAAUAAAUCUACAGAAAAACUCACAUCAUCAUCAGCAUCAGAGGACAAGCUUUCUUUACCUGAAAAAUCAACCAGUCUGCCAACUGAUGACGACGACAACGACAAGAGUGACAAACCGCGUCAAUCCAGCACCCCACAGCCAUGUAUCGAGGACAAUCAACCAACCACUAGUGAAUCUUUGAAAAUGGAAUCAUAUGAUCAUUUGAAUCAGGAAAAUAGCUCCAACAGUUCUGUGGACAGUUCAUGGUCAAAGCUUAGUGAAGAAGAUUUAAAACACAAUAAUCAUGGAAUUAAAACUGAUAAAAGUCAACAAGAUGUAUCAAAUCAUCUAAAGGCACCAUCCCCAUCAAACAGCGAGCGCUCAUCAUCUAGUCUGGUAGUGAUACCCCCUGUGCAAGAGAAAGAUAUAGACAUUGACUGGGAUGAUGAUGACGAUUUUGGUGAUGAUGUCAUUGGUAGUGACGUCACCUCAGAUAAUAAAAAUGCCAUCAAGUCAACUGAAAUAGAAGAUGAUGAGGAUGAUUGGGAAAACUGGGAAUAACUGAAUGCUACAACCAAGAUUAGUAUAUUGUGUACAGUGAAUUAUACUAUCAUAACCAUAGUAUAGCAACAUGAAUACGGUUUGUGGGUACGUUGUGAGGAUGUAGUGGUGUUCUUAAUGUCCAUUUAUAUAAAAGAUCAAUUUAUGAGUUAUCAUAGAUGUUUGUCGUGGUAACAGAAGUCAGUGUAUUGUGUUGUGUUAAACUGCGUAACUUGAUCAAGUAUAGAAUGUUUAGUCUGAUUAUGGAAUAGGUAAUGUUGCCCAUAUCUAGAUCAGUUAUUUUACAAAUUAGCGAUACACUGUACUUUUUGUGAAAAAAGUCAAUAUUCAAUGUGAUGUCUUCAAGUCUCUGUGAUCAGAGAGAAAUUAUGGUGAAA